AACAUUUUUAGAUGAUGCACAUCCAUCAAGAGAUGAAAGAACUAAGUCUUUUUCCCCAACUCAAACAGGAUGAGAGCUUUUACCGCAAUAAUAUUUGACAGAUCUUUAGAUGAGAAUGGAUCACUCUGCCCGCCUAUCAGAGAUCCUCUAUGUAUGUCUGAGUCGUAAGAUAGGGGCACCAAGUAAAGUGACCAUCAGAAGGGACGUGUGGGAUGUGUGGGACUUGGUACAUAGAAAUAUUUUAGGUAUCUGUUAUAUGUGUAAUCGAGCACAUGGCCAUUGUGCAGCAAGAACUAUGCUAAGCGGAAGUUAUAGGGAAGGAUUCAGAUUCGAGUCAUCUGACCGGGAUUACAUGGCAUGGCCUAGUUGUUCUAAACUAAUAAACGACUUUUCUCAGUUGAGAUAUUAUAACUCAUCACGUGAUCACAAUAUUAUACUCAUGGAAUACACAGAUACUUCGCCAGGUUUUGUCAGACUACAGAUCUUAACACCGCCCAAGUGCAAAGUCAUCAGAUUUUCACUAAUUAAAUUCAAAGGUAGUGUUCAUAUUUCAAGUUCGAUAUGGAGAGAAGAAUUUUUUCAACGUAAAUCUAGCAAAAUCUGUUACCGAAAUGUAACCGUCCAUGGUCCCUGUGCGAGUGGUUACCUUGGAGAUACUCAAUUUGAUCAAACAGUUUGUUUUAGCUGCAAAUAUUGGCCAAUUACUACAGAAAACUGGAUAAAAAGAUGCCGUUGGCACAAAUGGCCUCCUGCAAGUGUGCUUCAAGACAUUUUAAACAAUGGUUAUCACUGUGUACCUAUUGGGAGUAAGUGUGAAACUACUGAAAAUGAACUAGAAUGGAGAUUGUCCUUUUCUCUUGCCGAACAGAAACUAGUAUACAUCAUGAAUCGUACUCAGUUUUUAUGUUACGGUCUCCUUAAAAUAUUUCUCAAAGAAGUGAUCAGUAACAACGUAGAGGACCCUUUACUGUGUUCUUAUUUCAUUAAGACUACAAUGUUUUGGUUAAUACAAAUUGCACAUUUGAACUGGUGUCCUAACAAUCUCCUUGGAUGCUUUUGGAUGUGUUUUAAGUAUCUCAUUUUCUGUGUGUAUCGUGGUAAAUUCGCCAAUUUCUUUAUUCCUCAGAACAAUAUGUUUAAGAACAAAAUAGUCGGUGCUGCACGUGAAUCUCUUCUAGAACAACUUACUCAGUACUACAGUCUAGGCGUAUCCUUUGUACUCCUUAGUCCGGCACUCAGAUCUCUCGUUGAGCCAGCCCUUAACGACCUCUCUUUAGUGAUCCCCUCAUCUAGAGAACAUUGUUACGACAUUGAAUGUAAUGAUAUUUGUUUUGUAUUUGAAGUAUUUCGGUCAGAUUUUUGUCAUUACAGUUUGAACGAUUAUGUUUUAUUUUUAAUGUCUUUAGAGACAAUAUUACAUUCAUCAAUGUCUGCGUACCAAUUAUUAACCAUACAAUACUGGACAGCUGAUUUCCUUGCUCGUGUAGCCUUCAUGAUUGUCAACAAUACCUCAAAUUUCAAACAUAAACAGUUGUACUGUUUAGACAGAAUGCUUUGCAAUAUCUUGAAAUUGUCAUCAAAAAUAGGAGUAAUAUCCCACUCAGUGUAUUUAGCUAUGUAUUACUAUAGGACCGGAAGAUACAAUGAGGCACUUUAUGUUACUAAUCGAACUAAACAGAGACUAUCAGAGCCCUGUGUUAUUCAUGGCGGUACUGGAUAUUUUGGAGAUAGAUACAAAUAUAGAGAAUAUGUAAGUGGCCUGUCUUUGUCUAGGAGAAUUAAAAUUGCUUGGGCAGUGCCAAUAAGACUCCAUGGUAAUUCAUACUUUCUUGAAGAAUUAACAUUAGAACAUUCCGCUGCAGAGCAAAAUUCAUUUAUACUAAUCAUUCCACCAUCUGUAUUAGUAGAAAUGUUGUCUGUAUUAUCCAACUAUAGACUAGGUAAUACAUCUCAGUAUGAACAGUCCCUUACAGAUCUACACACACUGCUGCUCUAUGAUGAUGGAUCAUACGUGCCUUUACAGUUUCGAGGUAUAUCCUGGCAGAUAUUAGGAAUAUGUCAGCAACUUGUGGGAGACUUACACGGGGCUUUACAGUCUUAUCAAGAGUCGCUUAGACAGAAACCGGUUCAUAAAUUGCAGGAAUCUACAAAACGUAGAAUAGACUUUAUACAAAAUGAGUUGUGUAGAAAUGCACGAGAAUAACUUUAAAAUUCAGAACCCGUACCAAUUUUAUCAAACAUACAAAUGUGCAGAUGGAUGUGCAGAUGGAAAAAUAAUGUGAAAAGAAUUUAGCAUUAAGAAUGUAUUGACAAACCUCCCACAAUCAAAAGAAACUAAUUGUGAUAUGUGUUGUCCAUAUGUACCCUUCUCUCUUUAUUUUGAGGUCACAAAACACCAGUGUAUGUACUCAAAUCAUUAAAACUAUUUUUUUCUUUAAGGAAUUCCAUGAACGUAUAAAUUAUACAUGUAUGUUUUCAGAUCUGCCUAUCCCCUUAGAGAAGUUUAAUUUUUAUCAUCAUUUAUUAUCAUACUAGUAAUUUCAAAGAAACAUGUUAGUUUGUAUUCCUUCAUAUUAUGUACAUUGAUAUCAUAUUGUUAAUCUUAUAAUAAAAGUCUACGUAAUUGUGUCUUUUUUAUUGCGAUGCACCUCGAAAUCAAAGCAGUACCAAAAAUAGAAUAUAGUACUGGAUUCCCUUCCGCUUUGGUAUAUUUCUUCCGCCUUGUAUCAAAUGAAUACUGCUGUCAUGCCAUGAAAUUCAAUUUAAAUUUUUAAAUAUAAUAAUUAAUUUUGAUGACAUGACAGCAUUAUUGAUAAAACGCGGAAUAAAUACGCCAAAGGCGAACGGGUAGGCAGCUCUGAAUUUUAUUUUUGAUAUUGUUUUGAUUUUUUUGUUAAAAAGACAUUGCGAUCCAUAUUUUAUUGUUAGCAAUAUCAAAAUCAUUUUAUCACAA